CUGCCCCGCAGCCCGCUGCGCCUGGGGCUUCCUGCAGCUGGAUCCCAGACGCACGCACUGUGCAGUGGCAGCGCCCAGCCGCUGGGGCAGCCCCUCUGGAGAGCUGGGACCGACUUCAGGGUCCUAAGUGUCCCCAGACCCCGGGGAAAUCUCGAAUAAAAGCAAGAAAACUCCAUUAACAAAAUGAAGAUUCAGCUAAUCAUAGUUGCCCUAAUAAUCCUUUGGACUGAAAUAUUGGCAGAUCAGAGCCCAGGGCCAGGCCCUGAGUAUGCAGAUGUGGUGUUUCUGGUGGACAGCUCUGAUCACCUGGGAGUUAAGGCCUUCCCAUUUGUGAGAACAUUCAUCAAUAAAAUGAUCAACAGUCUCCCCAUCGAGGCCAACAAGUACCGCGUGGCCCUGGCCCAGUACAGUGACAUGCUCCACAAUGAAUUCAACCUGAGUACCUUCAGGAGCAGGAACCCCAUGCUGAACCAUCUCAAGAAGAACUUCGGGUUCCUUGGCGGAUCCCUGAGGAUAGGAAACGCUCUUCGGGAGGCUCACAGGAUCUACUUCUCUGCACCUACUGAUGGAAGAGACAGGAAACUGUUUCCUCCUAUUUUGGUGGUCCUGGCUUCAGCGGAGUCCGAGGAUGAUGUGGAAGAGGCUUCGAAGGCCCUGCGGAAAGAUGGGGUGAAAAUCAUCUCCGUGGGGAUGCAGAAGGCUUCCGAGGAAAACCUGAGGGCCAUGGCCACAUCUCAGUUUCACUUCAAACUUCGGACGGUCAGAGACCUCAGCAUCUUCUCCUCAAACAUGACGCAGAUCAUCAAGGAUGCGACCAAAUACAGAGAAGGAGCAGUCGAUGUUGAUGUACAAGUUCCCUUCCUUACAUCCUGUCAGAAAGAUUCACUUGCCGACCUUGUGUUCCUGGUGGACGGGUCACUUGGGACUCAACAAAAUUUAAGAGACCUGCAGAAGUUCCUGGAGAACAUAACCAGCUCCUUAGAUGUGAAUUCUGAUUGCAUGCGGCUUGGACUGAUGAGCUACAGCACGAGGGCUGAGACGAUUUCUUUUCUGAAAUCCAGCACAACCCAAUUUGAAUUUCAGCAGCAAAUCAGGAAGCUUUCCCUUCGGGAUGGGAAAUCCAAUGCUGGGGCUGCCAUUGAGCAGUUGAGGAAGGAAGGUUUCUCACAGUCCAGUGGCAGCAGAAGGGCACAGGGGGUCCCUCAGAUUGCAGUCCUGGUCACCCACAGAUCAUCAGAUGACGAGGUGCAUGAGGCUGCAUUGAACCUUCGGCUGGAAGGCGUAACUGUGUUUGCUAUGAACAUCAAAGGGGCUAACAGGACUCAGUUAGAAGCAAUAGCAUCUUACCCUACAGAAGAGACAGUUUCCACCUUGAACUCCUAUGCAGCAUUGGAAUCUUACAGUAAUAACUUCCUGAAAAAGCUCCACAAUGAAAUAUGGACCCAAAUUUCUACUCAUGCUGAACAAAUUAACCUUGACAAAACUGGCUGUGUGGAUACAAAGGAGGCUGAUAUCUAUUUCCUCAUUGAUGGCUCUGGCAGCAUCCAGGUGAAUCAGUUUGAGCAAAUCAAGACCUUCAUGUCGUCAGUGAUAGACAUGUUCAGCAUUGGCCCAAACAAAGUCCGAAUUGGAGUCGUGCAAUAUGCAGGGGAGAACAGGGAGGAAUUUCCCAUCUCUCGCUAUCAGAACAACAUUGACUUAAAAAAGGCUGUUUUUAACAUCUAUCAGCUCAGAGGUGGCACUCGGACUGGAAAAGCUCUAGAUUUCAUACGGCCAAUAAUAAAGGAGGGAAAGAAGGACAGGACAAGUGAAGUGCCCUGUUUCCUUAUCGUGCUGACUGAUGGGAAAUCCGAGGACAGUGUUGUGCAACCUGCUGAGAGACUAAGGGCUGAACAGGUCAUCAUUCAUGCAAUUGGCAUUGGAGAGGCUAAUAAAACACAGCUGCAGCAAAUUGCUGGGGUAAAAGAAAGGGUCAACUUUGGACAGAACUUUGAUGCCUUAAAAAGCAUAAAAAAUCAAGUUGUUCGCCGCAUCUGCACUGAAAAGGGAUGUGAAGACAUGAAGGCUGAUGUCAUGUUUCUGGUGGAUAGUUCUGGAAGUAUAGGAACUACAAAUUUUGAUACAAUGAAAAACUUCAUGAAAAACCUGUUGGCUAAGAUCCAAAUUGGUGCAGACAAAACCCAAAUUGGUGUCGUUCAGUUCAGCGGUGAUAAUCAGGAAGAGUUCCCACUGAAUAAGUACUUUACACAAAAAGAAAUCUCUGCCGCUAUAGACAGAAUGUCUCUCAUCGGUGAAAACACUCGGACUGGAAAUGCACUCACCUUUGUAGAUCAGUACUUCACCCUCCCCAAGGGGGGCCGUCCUCACGUCAGGAAGUUUCUCAUCCUCAUCACAGAUGGAGAAGCACAGGAUGAUGUGAGAGGUCCUGCGAUUGCUCUCCGGGACACAGGGGUGAUCAUUUUCUCUGUGGGGGUAUUUGGUGCCAACAGGACUCAACUGGAGGAGAUCAGUGGGGAUGGCAGCCUCGUUUUCCAUGUGGAGAACUUUGAUCAUCUAAAGGCAAUAGAAAGUAAACUCAUCUUCCGUGUGUGCGCGCUGCAUGAUUGUAAAAGGAUUGAACUGUUAGAUGUUGUGUUUGUGCUGGAUCAUUCAGGUAGCAUCAGUCCCGAGCAGCAGGAAAGCAUGAUUAACCUCACCGUCCAUUUGGUGAAGAAAGCAGAUGUUGGCAGGGACAGAGUUCAGUUUGGAGCCCUCAGAUACUCUGACAGUCCUGAGAUUCUUUUCUUCCUUAACACCUACUCAAGCAGUUCAGCAAUCAUCGAGAACCUGAGGAGACGCCGGGACACUUUCGGGAGUACCUACACGGCCAAGGCUCUGGAGCACUCCAACAUCCUCUUUAAGGAAGAACACGGCAGCCGCAUCAAGCAAAACGUGAGACAGAUGCUGAUUAUCAUCACUGAUGGGGUGUCCCACGAUCGGGAUAAGCUCAGUGAGGCCGCGCUGAAAUUAAGAAACAAAGGCGUCACCAUCUUUGCGGUGGGUGUGGGACAGGCCAACCAAGAUGAACUUGAGACUAUGGCAGGGAAUAAAAAUAAUACCAUCCAUGUAGAUAAUUUCGACAAACUGAAAGAUAUUUAUCUGCCUGUACAAGAAAAUGUGUGCGGUGAAGCAGGAGAGGUCUGUAAACUUCAGGAAGCUGAUGUGAUCUUCCUCUGUGAUGGCUCUAACAUGGUGUCUGAUGCGGAAUUUGUUACCAUGACAACUUUCUUGUCAGACUUAAUUGACAAUUUUGAUACUCAGUCUCAAAGAAUGAAAGUUGGGAUGGCUCAAUAUGGGAGCCGCUAUCAGGAAAUAAUUGAGUUGGGAAACACUCUGACCAAAGCCCAGUGGAAAUCGCGAAUUCAGGCUGUCUCCAAGAGCAACGGGCAGUCUCGAAUUGACUUUGCCCUUCAACACGUGAGCUCAAUGUUUCAUCCAUCUUUUGGUGGGAGAAGAAAUGCUGGGGUCCCUCAAACUUUAGUUGUUAUCACAUCUGGGUCUCCCCGCUACAAUGUGGUAGAUGCAGUAAAAACCCUGAAAGACCUUGGAAUCUGCAUCCUGGUUUUGGGCAUAGGAGAUGUUCGCAAGGAUCAGCUUCUGCCAAUAACGGGCAAUUCUGAAAAGAUACUCACGUUUCGAGACUUCGAUAGAUUAAAGAAUGUGGAUGUGAAAAAAAGAAUGGUCCGGGAAAUCUGCCAGAGCUGCGGGAAAACCAAUUGCUUUGUGGACAUAGUGGUCGGGUUCGACAUUUCCACUCACCUGCAGGGGCAGACUUUGUUCCAGGGCCACCCCCGGUUGGAAUCAUACCUCCCAAACAUCUUAGAAGACAUCACCUCCAUCAGGGGGGUGAGCUGUGGGGCAGGUGCAGAGGCACAGGUGAGCCUGGCUUUUAAGGUGAACAGUGACCAAGAAUCCCUUGCUGAAUUCCAAAUCUACCAGAAAGCAAUAUUUGACAGCUUACACCAAGUCCCCCUCAGGGGGCCCACUCAUCUGAAUGCACAGUUCUUACAGUCGCUGUGGGAUACAUUUCGGGAUACAUCUGCAUCCCGGGGCCAGGUGUUGCUCAUCUUUUCGGAUGGUCUCCAGGGAGAGAGCACAAUGAUGCUUGAAAACGAAUCGGACAGGCUCAGAGAAGCAGGACUUGAUGGUCUGCUGGUGGUGUCCCUUAACACAACUGCUCAUGAUGAGUUUUCCAGCUUUGAAUUUGGAAAAGGAUUUGAUUAUAGGACUCACUUGACCAUUGGAAUGAUGGAACUGGGCAGCCUGCUCUCACAGUACCUGGGAAACAUUGCAGAGAGGGCUUGCUGCUGUGAAUUUUGCAAAUGUCCAGGGGUUCCGGGACCUCAUGGGAGCAGAGGACUACAAGGCUUUAAGGGGUUUUCAGGUCUGAAAGGCAGCAGAGGACACAGAGGAGAAGAUGGAGACCCUGGAAGACGAGGAGACACUGGACCCCAAGGAGACAGAGGAAUUGCAGGAUGUCCCGGGAUACGGGGUCAAAAGGGAGCCAAAGGAUUUUCUGGAUAUAAGGGAGAACAUGGAGAAGAUGGGAUUGAUGGGCUUGAUGGGGAAGAGGGCUUUCAUGGGCUUCCUGGAGGAAAAGGAGAAAAGGGUGAUCCAGGAUCUCAGGGCAGCCCAGGUUCCAGAGGUCCACCUGGGGGAGAUGGAGAGAAGGGCUUCCCAGGGGAUCCUGGUAAUCCAGGCCGAAACAGUAACAUCAAAGGAAGAAAGGGCUCCAAAGGAGAACAAGGAAGACAAGGUACAACUGGGCAGAAGGGUGCACAAGGAAGUCCUAGUUCCAGAAGAAGCCGGGGACUGGAAGGCCGAAGGGGGUCCCCAGGUGCCCCGGGAGAACCAGGAAAUCCUGGACCUCAAGGUAUUCAGGGAGCUGAUGGAUUACAAGGUUCACAGGGGUCAAGUGGAAAUCCUGGCAGGAAAGGAGAAAAAGGAAGCCAGGGGCACAAAGGACCUCAGGGUUCUUCUGGGCUAGUGGGACCUAAAGGGAGCAUUGGAAGACCUGGACUUACGGGGAGAAAGGGAGAACCUGGAGAACUUGGAGUUCCAGGGCCAGUGGGGCCGGCUGGACAGCGGGGAAAACAGGGAGAUUAUGGCAUCCCAGGUUAUGGUAAUAAGGGACAAAAAGGAGUAAAGGGUCCAAGAGGAUUCCCUGGAGAUAUAGGGCAGAAGGGUAUUGUUGGUGAUCCUGGAAUUCCUGGGGACCCUGGACCCAAAGGGUUUAGGGGACUAUCAUUCACCGUAGGCCAGAAAGGGGAAAGUGGACUUCCAGGAUCCCGAGGCCUGCCAGGACGGAGAGGCCCUAAAGGCGUGGCAGGACAGCCUGUACAUUCUCAAUGUGAUCUGAUCAAGUUCAUGCGGGACCAUAGUCCUUGUUGGAAAGAAAAGUGUCCAGCAUACCCCACAGAGCUGGUGUUUGCCCUGGACCAAUCCUCUGGUGUCACUGAACAAAGGUUUAAUGAAAUAAAGGGCAUCAUCACUUCCAUUGUCAAUGACCUUCAUAUCAGGGAAAAUAACUGUCCUAUGGGAGCAAGGAUUGUUGUGGUUUCCUACGACUCAGACACCGACUAUCUCAUCCGUUCGUCUGACUACCGCACCAAGAAGCAGCUCCUCCGGCUUCUAUCCCAAAUAAAAUACCAAGUCCCUACAGAGGCUCGGGACAUUGGUAAUGCCAUGAGGUUUGUGGCCCGCCAUGUUUUCAAGCGUACGUACCCAGGAGCCAACGUGAGGAGAGUUGCUGUGUUUUUUAGCAAUGGUCAAGCCGUCAGCAGGUCAUCCAUCCUCACAGCGACCAUGGAGUUCAGUGCUCUGGAUAUCAGUCCGGCAGUCUUUGCUUUCAAUGAAAGAGUUUUCCUGGAUGAAGCUUUUGGGUUCGACAACACAGGGACAUUUCAGGUGAUUCCAGUUCCUCCCGAUGGAGACUAUGAACCGUUGGAAAGGCUGCGUCUCUGCACACUUUGCUAUGAUAAAUGCUUUCCAAAUACUUGUGCCGAAGAGAUUUUCUUACCUGGAAAUUCCUACAUGGAUGUAGCCUUCCUCUUAGACAAUUCUCAACAUAUAGCAAAUGAUGAUUUUAAGGCCGUGAAAACCUUGUUGAGCUCAGCCAUCGACAACUUUGACAUUGCUUCCAACCCUUUAGUCUCAGACUCUGGGGACAGGAUUGCCUUGUUGAGCUAUUCUCCUUGGGAUGGUUCCAGAAGAAAAAUGGGGACAAUAAAAGUAGAAUUUGAGUUUACAACUUAUGACAGCCAAGUCCUAAUAAAGAGCCACAUCCAGACUUCCCUCCAACAGCUAAAUGGGGAAGCCACCCUUGGUCAUGCCCUACAAUGGGCCACGGAAAAUCUCUUCCCAGGAACACCCAACUCACGCAAACACAAGGUCAUCUUUGUGAUCUCAGCUGGUGAAAAUCAUGAGAGAAAGGAGUAUGUGAAGAAGAUGGCUUUGAGAGCCAAGUGUCAAGGCUAUGUCAUAUUUGUGAUUUCUCUGGGCCCUGCGCAUAAGGACAACAUAGAAGAAUUAGCCAGCUACCCACUGGAUCACCAUCUGAUACAGCUUGGGAGAAUGCAUAAACCAGAUCUGAAUUAUGUGGUGAAGUUCUUAAAGCCAUUUGUGUACUCGGUCAGACGAGGAUUCAAUCAGUACCCACCACCAAUGCUGGAGGAUGCCUGCAGGCUCAUCAGAUUGGAGGGGGAUGGUCAAAACAGCGGUUUCCAAUUUACUGCUGAGCUACAUAAGGUCUCUUCAGACAAGAACAGCCUCAUGGGCCAGGAAUUAAGUGCUGGGAGAGACUCAUCUUUUGUGUUGGAGGACGAUGGAGGUGACCAUUUGGUUUACAUUCCAAGUAAAAUAUUAGAGCCACAAAAAUUAGUGGUUAACUAUGAAAAAGAUCAGGUAUCUGCAGAACCUACAAGUUUUACUUCUGGACUCGAAAACCAUGGCAGAAAAGAACCAGGUCUUACCUCUGCACCUGGAGAUGCCUCUCUUCAAGAAUAUUACAUGGAUGUGGCUUUCCUCAUAGAUACUUCCGAAAGAGUAGGAGAUAACGAGUUUAAGGAACUGAAAGCUUUUAUAGCCUCAGUGCUUGAUUACUUUCAUAUCGCCCCAGAUCCACUGACCUCCACCUUAGGAGACAGAGUGGCUGUCCUGAGCUACUCUCCCCCUGGCUAUCUGCCCAACACUGAAGAAUGCCCUGUCUACCUGGAAUUCGAUCUGCUGACUUACAACAGUAGAGACCAAAUGAAACACCAUCUCCAAGACUCUUUCCACCAGCUCAAUGGAGACGUUUUUAUCGGCCAUGCCCUGCAGUGGACAAUUGACAAUGUCUUUGUAGGAACCCCCAACCUGAGGAAAAACAAAGUUAUCUUUGUAAUAUCUGCUGGGGAAACCAACCCUUUAGACAAGGAAGUCUUAAGGAGUGUAUCUCUGAGAGCCAAGUGUCAAGGCUACUCUAUAUUUGUAUUUUCCUUUGGUCCUGGGCACAAUGACAAGGAAUUAGAAGAAUUAGCCAGCCAACCCCUGGAUCAUCACCUGGUCCAGCUUGGCCGGAUCCAUGAGCCAGAUUUGGACUAUAUCAUCAAGUUCAUAAAGCCAUUUGUCCACUUAAUCAGACGUGCUAUCAACAAAUAUCCCACCAAAGAUCUGAGAGCUAAGUGUGUCAACAUCACCUAUCCCAGUCCAAGGGACACUGGCAUGGAAGACACUGUAUUACUCAUUCCCGAGGUCUAUGAAAUAGAGACAAAAAACAGUGAGCUGUUUGGUGAACUUGGUUCCCAGGAGCAGCAUUUCCUAGUGUUAGGGAACAAUCAUAGCAAUGAUUCUGGGACCACGAGUGAUGUGAUCCAGAAGUGGUACAUGCUCUUUUCACCCGAGGAAUUGAUGGUGAACGACAAAGAAGAGGCACAUUCAGAGGAAACUACAGCUUCAGUCAAUGACAAACAGCAAGGAGAAAAAGAUGGCGAGGACACAAAAUGAUUAUAGCAGACAAGAAGACAGCCCUUUGGGCGUGUGUAAUCCCCUGUGGUUCUAACCAGAGAAUAUGAAUAAUCCAUUAGAAGUGGUGUCAGGAAUUUUCCUGAAAAUGACUGUAUAAAAAUGACUGUGCUAAAUUUUGUUCUUGUUUUAAGAGUUUUCUGAAUAAAGACAUCAGUGACCAGACCUGAGAAACUAGGAUUGAUGUCAUUUCUCCUGAGAAUUGGGAAAACUGAACCCAAAAGAGUUAACUGAAUCUUUUCUUUGAAAGCUCUGCUCUUUUCAUUAGAUUUGAUCCAUUUUGAUGAUGUAGUUGUCUAAAGAAGAUUUUUGCAAUACUUUUUAUCGUAUCUAAAUCUCAAUUUGAAUUCUGAAGUAAAAAGAAUUUAGAAUGUCCUAGGAACAUCUUCACCCAUCUAAGAAAUGGAAUCCCAUGCCCCUGUCUCAUGUUCCCGUAUGGCCCCAAAUUGCUUCUAGCACUGGUUGCCUGUAAAAUCCAUCUUCACACUGCUACCAGCGUGGACAAUGCUUUCUCCUUUUACUAGGAUAUUUUAAAAAGGAAUAGAAUUCAUGAGAAAUAAAAAUUGAGAAGAGGAUAAUCCCAUGGUUUGCUAUUUUGUGUUGUGAUCAGUUUUUUUGUUUGUUUUAGCGGGUUUUGUUUGGUGUGUAAUGGUUUUUUGAUGAAAAAAAUAAAAACUUGGAAAUGCAUGAAUACUAAAUAUGACCAGAGCUGGUCUUAAAAAUUACAAUGUAGAAGGAGACAAUUUUUUCAAAUAAAACCAAGUCUGACUCACAAA